UGCCGGACGGACGCUGACAAUGAGCCUCCAUAAAAGGGAGCGGCGGGGUCGGGGGCCCCGGAUCGAGCCCUCCCCGCCUGGGGUCGUGACGCGCUGGAACCCGUAGCUGGCCAGGCGGGCGGAGGGUGAGCUACACGGUCCGUGGGCCCUGCGUGGUCCGAGGCGGGAGGCGGCCGCCACUGGCGGCGCGCCGAGGCCUGCGCGCCCGUCCUCCGCUAUCGGGUCGCCCUUCUCCGCCUCGCCAUGGCCCUGAGAACAGAGGGCGCCGCGGCGCUCGACUGCUUUGAGGUGACGCUCAAGUGUGAGGAAGGGGAAGACGACGAGGAGGCCGUGGUGGUUGCCGUGAUUCCGCGGCCCGAGCCGAUGCUCCGAGUAACCCAACAGGAAAAGACGCCACCACCUAGGACUAACCUGCUGGAAGCAGGAGUUGAAGUCUGCGAGGAGCCCAAGCAGCAAGUGUCCUGGGAACAGGAGUUCCUGGUGGGAAACAGCCCAGGAGGCAGUGGACGGGCCCUGUGCAUGGUGUGUGGGGCUGAGAUCCGGUCCCCAUCAGCAGAUACUGCUCGCACACACAUCCUGGAGCAGCAUCCCCAUACCUUGGACCUGAGCCCCUCUGAGAAGAGUAACAUCUUGGAAGCCUGGAGUGAAGGGGUGGCCCUUCUACAAGACACCCAAGCUGAUCAGCCGUCCCUGCCCAGCCUAGAGUCAGGCCAGGGUGGCCAGCCAGACCCCAGCUCCAACCCGGACCCUGCCAGGAUGCCAGCAGAGAUCGUGGUUCUUUUGGACUCUGAGGACAACCCAUCUCUCCCUAAGAGGCUCCGGCCCAGAGGACUCCGCCCCCUUGAUCUGCCUGUUGCCCCUGCCACAGAGCCAGUAAAUAAAAAGCCCCGUGGUCAGAGAUGGAAGGAAUCACCUGAGGAGGAGCCUGUAAGAAAGAAGAGAAGCAGGCAUAUGACCAAAAACCUGGACCCUGACCCAGCUCUUCAUGGCCUUCUUCCAGACCCCCCAUCUCCUGAGUCACCCACAGAGACGUUUGCAGCACCAGCCGAAGUCCGACACUUCACCGAUGGCAGCUUCCCUCCUGGCUUUGUCCUCCAGCUCUUCUCCCACACGCAGCUCAGGACCACAGACAGUAAGGACUCUUCUAAAGACAGCAAAGCAGCCACAGAGGGCCUGCCUCAGCCAGAAAGUCCCUCUUCAGUACCUUCCUCAUGCUAAGACACCUGACUGUGUGACACCUAUCAACUCCAGGGAUAUGGAGCCUGGAUGAACGCUGCAGAGCAAAGCUGGGUCAUUAACCCAGGGAGUCUGUGAUGUCAUACUCCAUUGGGUCAGAGCCAUGGGUAGACUUCUUUGGACGUUCUCCGCUAUAUCACUUCUGUGUGCAGUCUUGAAGGUAGAAGUUGGGAAGCAGCAGCAUCAUUGUGAACCCACAUGCCAAGUACACAAGGAGGACACUGCGUUCAAUUCUUGCCCUGUGCCUAAGGGCUGUGAGGCUGGUCAUUGCUGGUCAAUCAAGAGUCAGCCUUAUGCUUUUUCUUGGGCUUCUCCCAGGACAAGACUUGGCUAUGGAAAUGGGAAACCCUGGUAGUCUUGUAUGGUUUGCAGUUUUGGGGACCAUUGGAAGUCCCUGACUGUACUCUCUGCUCCCAUCCCUUCCCAGCUCCCCCUCCGGGGCUUCGUGGGACACUGGAUCUCCAGGUUAUCCGUGUUCGGAUGGAGGAGCCACCAGCCAUCAGCCUCUUACAGGACUGGUCCAAGCAUCCCCAGGGCACCAAGGGGGGUGGGAACAGGUGACAACCCAGACUGGCCCACAGUCCUGUCAGAAUCCAGUUCCACUGUUAAGGGACAACCAGAGGCAGGAAAUGGGGUGUAAGUUUUAACUUUCCUGGGGAGGGAAGGGUGGGAGGGAGGCGGCAGUAUCCCCCUUUGACUUUAAAUCUCAGAUCUGCCCAGCUUGGCCACCUGAUGGGGAGUUUUAAAACCAGGUGCCAGGAGAAUGUGGAAGGAGGAAGGGUGACAUCACUGUCACAUUGGGAUAGCCUGAAUUAGGCAGAAGUUACUUAGGCUGUUGGGUGAUAGCAUUGGGCCUGUGGAGAACACCUUCCCUAAUCCUUCGCUGACCCACCCUCUAACCCACACCUCCUCCUCUCAGCAUCCCACCAUUCUCCCCUGGCACAGUGCCUUAAGCAGAGGUGGUCAUGAUGGGGUUUGAACUGAGUCCCACUACCUCGGGGGGGCACCUCUCCUCCCCCACUUCUGGCUCCUACAGCAGGAGGCAUCCAUUACCUCUUACCGCCUCAUCCCUGCCGAGGGCUCCCUUUACCACCCCUUCAUCUGUUGUCCUGUUGCAUCUAUUAUCCUGUUGUAUAUAUUGCCUUUGUUGACAAUAAAUUAUUUUUUUUUUAUUAAAAGUUCUGUCUGGGCCAUCAUUGGGAAAAGGGAGCAGCUUGAGGGGCCGGAAACUGAAAGGUGGUCCUAAGUGGGAGCCAGAGACUCAGAGCAGAGUUUGCUUGGGCCUCUGGGACUGUUCUAAUUUGGUGUCGGUCAACUGAGAGACACCUUGCUUCUUCCCCUAUCACGUUUACUCUCUUUGACCUUCUGACCUACAUGGUAGGCCUCUGUCCAAGUAAGGCUACCUAGAGACACACCCAGGGAGGUAAGAGUUACUGGGGCCUAAACCAGGUGUGGUAGCACACACCUUUAAUCCCAGCACUUGGGAGGCAGAGGCAGGCAGAUCUCCUGAGUUUGAGGUUAAACUGAUUUACAAAGUGAGUUCCAGGACAGCCAAGGCUGUUGUUACACAAAAGGAGAAACCCUGUCUCAAAACCUAGAAAACAAAGUUAUGGGGUCCUCCUGGUCAGCCUGCACAGACAACUGUCAGAAGGUGGCACAUCCCUGCUUUCUUGUAGGUCUGUACCCUCCACUACACAGCUCUUAUUCCCCGAGCCUCAACCCAAGGCUGCCUCAGGUCUCUGCAGAUUUCCGACUUCCUCAGCUAGCCCUAUGCAGACCUAAUCUGUGGGCUUUGGCACUUGGUGCCAAAUGAACCUUCCAGGUGGCUUCAUCUCAAAUCCUAGGUUCUGCUGUCCUGUUCAGAAUUCCCAGCAGAUAUAUAUAGUAAGGUGGGGCUACCUCACACUGCUGGCUGCUUGGCUGCUCCUGGUAAAUUAGAGACUUGGGAAGAAAGAAGGAAGGCUCACCUCAAUUGGGAAGAGUCUGGUCUUGUGGAGAUUGGCCUUAAAAAGCCAUCUGAUAUUCUCAGAAGGAGCCCAAGAAUAUAGAGGGUCCCUGUCCAGGGCAGGCUGAGACAGGUAUGAAUAGAGAUGGCAGUCAAAAUUUCAGGGUUCCUUGUGUCCAGAUUGUCUCAGCCAUGAAUGAGGCUAGAUGGGCCACAGGACUCCUGGAUCUGUAUGUGUUUCUGCAGAUUUGGCACAAUUUGUAUGCACUCACUAUCUCUGAAAGCACUGUUUUGGAAUUGUAGGUGGUUUCUGUCCCUACAAUUGUGUGACUGUUUACAUUUAUGCCAACUUGCUUUUAAGACAUAGUGGCUAACAGUAUUAAAGAAACUGAUAUCAAAGACUGUGUUGUAAAAUGACUGAAAUGCCUUCGAUGUCUUGUGAGCCUGAUUUCUUCUAGACUGUGAACUCUGGGGCAGGGACCAGAUUGCAUUGACUUGGUUAUUCUGAUGCCCCGCAUCGGUGCUCAAUAAAUGUCUGUCAAAUGCU